UCCAGAUCUCUGGAGUAAGUUAAAGACUACUGUCAUGGCAUUUCCAUGGACUAAUGCUUUUGACAACGUCAGCGGGAGAGCAUCCGGAUCCCAACAGUGGGCCUUUGUGGGUUGUGCUGUGCGGGGUUCUCCAUUCUGCUUGUCCCUUGAUAUUUAUUAUCUAACAAUACUUCCGUAGCUGCGGCGCUCAUUCAUCCACUGAGCCCUUGCGGGGCAGCGUUGACACCAAGUGUAUCGGAUGUUAUCGACCCUUCACAACUGCCGGCCCUGCUGGUUACAGUUUGGCAUGACAUGUAACCCUGCUCUCCUUGAGAUGAGGAAUGAUACGGGAUUGGAUCAGAUAAAUAUUGGGUGCCCUUCCCAUCAUAUCAAUCUCUCGUAAGGCAGCCAGAUAGAUCGCCAUCAUGACACUUCUUGCCGAGAUCUUCUCGCGCGCGUCGCCGGAGCAUGCGCUGUAUAUUCUCCCCUUCAUUUCGCUGAUUUAUCUCGGCCACUUGUACUUUCACAACGGUCUAAGUCGCUACCCCGGCCCCUUUCUGGCCAAGUUUACCGACCUCUGGCGGUUCCUUGAUGUAUGGGGCCGGCAGCCUCAUGAGACGCACAUCGCGCUACACCGCAAGCAUGGUGACGUUGUACGCAUCGGGCCUAACACACUGUCUUUCAGCAGCCCGGCUGCAACCAAGGUCAUUUAUGGGUUGAACAAGGGAUUCACCAAGUCCGAGUUCUAUCCCGUUCAGAUGACUGUCUCCAAAGGCGAGCCCUUACCGUCCUUGUUCUCGACUCUGGAUGACAAGUUCCACGCAGAGCUCCGGCGCUCGGUUAACCAUGCGUUCUCGAUGAGCUCGCUGGUACAGUACGAACCCAUGGUAGACGAGACCACAUUACUCUUCCUCGAUCAGACCGAUCGCCUCUUCGCUAGUGGUAGUAAGGUCUGUGACUUUGCACGCUGGUUACAAUUUUUCGCAUUCGAUGUUAUCGGCAGCAUUACCUACAGCAAGCGCCAUGGCUUUAUUGAGAAAAAUGAGGACAUUGAUGGUAUUGUAAAGUCCCUCGCUCGCAUUUUCAACUAUGCCGGGCCUGUCGGCCAGAUGCCAUGGUUGGAUAAAGUCUUCUGGAAGAACCCAAUCUUCGACGCAAUGCAAAAGUGGGGGUUGUUGGACAAUUCCCAUCCAGUCGCCAUCUUUGCACGGCAACGGAUGAUGGAGCGCAUGUCGUCAAAGGCUGCGAUCGACCCAAGUUCACGCAGCGAUCUUCUUACCAAAUUCAUGAAAGCAGGCGAGUUGCGCCCCAACUUCAUGACAGAGAAACGCGUCCUCACCAUGGCCGUCUCCAUGGCUUUUGCCGGGUCCGAAACGACGGCCAUUAGUCUUGCAGCCGUAUUCUAUUAUCUCCUGAAGACGCCCGAGUACAUGCGACGGGUGCGGGAGGAGCUGGACGAGGCGAUCCGGAACGGUACAAUCGAGAACCGUCCAAGCGGGCUUAUCUCGUGGACCGAAUCUCAGAAGCUUCCAUUCCUCGAUGCUUGCAUAAAAGAGGCGUUUCGUAUCUUUCCCGCUGCUGGUCUACCCCUGGAGCGUGUUACUCCUCCCUCUGGUGCGGACAUCGCCGGCCAGUUUAUCCCGGGAGGUACAAUCGUUGGCUGUAGUCCAUGGGUGAUCCAUCGCCGUGAGGACAUUUUCGGGUCCGAUGUCGAUAUGUACAACCCAGAUAGAUGGCUAAAUGCUUCAGAGGAGAAGCUAAAAACCAUGAACGGAAUGAUGCUCCAGUUUGGUGCUGGUUCCAGAACAUGCAUUGGAAAAAACAUUUCCUUGAUGGAAAUUUAUAAACUGAUUCCAAGCUUUCUAAGAAGAUUCGAUGUGCGAUUAGCCUACCCCGAGCAGGAAUGGAAACUGUGGAAUGCCUGGUUUGUGCGGCAGUAUAAUUUCAACACUGUAUUUACCCCGAGGAAGAUUGAGGUACAGUAG